AUGGAAGAUUCCAAUAUUACUCCUAUUUUUACAGAGGGUGUUAAGAGUUGUCCUGGAAGUUAUAGGCCAGCUGGUUUUAAUGGCUCCACUUCUGAGGAAGGUAUUGACUCAAAGAGCGUUGCGUGUAAUAGAAACGUCAUUCCUCACCUACAGGUACAUGAAAUCGACCUUCGUCAAGAUGAUGAGUUCUUAUUGAUUGGUAGUGGUGCCAUAUUGGAAACUUUCUGUAAAGAAGAUUUAAUACAAAAAAUUAAGGGUUUUAAGAGCCGCCAAAAAGCUGUAAAAUACUUAGCCGAGAUUACAGCAGCUUCUUCUUCUGGAAGAAGACGGCCCUCUGUUGCUAUAACAACGUUCCAUCUAGGUCAGAAGACAAACCUUACAGAUUCUUCAAAACUUUCAGGGCUGUUUUCAAAAGAAGGAAAACACAGUUAUGAACACAAAAGUGACAGUGGUCUUUCUGGAGCAGAACAGCAUAGAGAAGAAAUGGGAGAGUUUGGAGAAAAGUAUAAAUCGUGGGAAUACGUGUUAGAACAAAACCACAAACUUCUUUUCUCUCGUGAGCUCGAGACAAUAAACAGUUCAUUUAUUCGCCACUCUAUGCACAGAUUGAAUGCACGAAACUCUACGAUUGGCUGUGAUGAAUCUGCCGUGUUACCGAUUUACAGGGUAUCCCCUUACUCAGCCGAUUGUGGCGCCACCAAAGGGCGAGUCAACUGUCAAAAGCAUUCUUUGCAUUUGACACAAAUUUGA